UGGGACUACCUGUCAACUGUGGCAGGAACAGGAAGUGAAGGAUCAACAUCAACAACACUUCGAAAUCCUCGUGGAAUAUUUCUCGAUGAGAAUAAUUCAACUCUCUUUGUUGCUGAUUGUGGAAACAAUCGAAUACAGAAAUUCCGCUUUGGUUCAUUUCAAGGUGAGACAAUUCUUUCGAAUGGAACAUUUCAACUGAACUGUCCAAAUGGAAUCACUCUGGACGGUCAAGGUUUUGUAUUUGUCGUUGAUUCUAACAAUCAUCGAAUCAUCGGACAAAAUUCGAAUGGUUUUCAUUGUUUGAUCGGAUGUAAUCAAUCAGCGGGAUCUAAUCCGAGCCAAUUGAGUUCUCCGUCAAAUCUUCAAUUUGAUUCAUUUGGAAAUCUUUUUGUCGUUGAUCAGCAAAAUCAUCGGGUUCAAAAAUUUGAUCUAAUUAUCAUUUCAAGACAAUGGAAAUCAACUGGAACGAUGAGUGUUGUACGAAAGGAUCAUACAGCAUCGAUUUUAACAAAUGGAAAAGUCUUAGUCACUGGUGGGCAGACUAAUAGUGUUUAUCUGAAUAGUGCUGAAUUGUAUGAUCCAUCUACAGGCAAUUGGACAACAACUGGAAACAUGAGUGUUGCACGAGUAUAUCAUACAGCAUCGCUUUUAUCAAAUGGAAAAGUCUUAGUCACAGGUGGAGCGAAUAGUGUUUCUCUGAAUAGUGCUGAAUUGUAUGAUCCAUCAACAGGCAGUUGGACAACAACUGGAGCGAUGAGUGUUGUACGAAAGGAACAUACAGCAUCGAUUUUAACAAAUGGAAAAGUCUUAGUCACUGGUGGAUGGACUGAUAGUGCUGAAUUGUAUGAUCCAUCAACAGGCAAUUGGACAACAACUGCAACGAUGAGCGCUGCACGGUAUCGUCAUACAGCAUCGCUUUUAACAAAUGGAAAAGUCUUAGUCACUGGUGGGCAGACUAGUAGUGUUUAUCUGAAUAGUCCUGAAUUGUAUGAUCCAUCAACAGGCAAUUGGACAACAACUGGAAACAUGAGUGUUGUACGAGUGUAUCAUACAGCAUCGAUAUUAUCAAAUGGAAAAGUCUUAGUCACUGGUGGGCAGACUAGUAGUGUUUCUCUGAAUAGUGCUGAAUUGUAUGACCCAUCAACAGACAAUUGGACAACAACUGGAAAUAUGAGUGCUGCACGAGUGUAUCAUACAGCAUCGAUAUUAUCAAAUGGAAAAGUCUUAGUCACUGGUGGUGUUUCUCUGAAUAGUGCUGAAUUGUAUGAUCCAUCAACAGGCAGUUGGACAACAACUGGAACGAUGAGUCUUGCACGGUAUCGUCAUACAGCAUCGCUUUUAUCCAAUAAGACUAUAUUAGUGACAGGUGGAUGUUGUUAUUUCAGCAGUGCCGAAUUGUAUUGA